UGGAGAGCUAUGGAGGAGGCGGAGGCAGAGGCGACGCGGUGCUGAGAGGACCCGCGGGAUCUGCCGAGAUGAAGCCCGGCGCGGGCUCGGCCUCCGGGACCUUCUGUCUCCAGUGGUUGCUGCUGUUUGGCCCGGCGGGCCCAGUCCUCGGCGGGGCGCGGCCAGGCUUUCAACAGACCUCACAUCUCUCUUCUUAUGAAAUUAUAACUCCUUGGAGAUUGACUAGAGAACAAAGAGAAGCCCCUAGGCCCUAUUCAAAACAGGUAUCUUAUGUCAUUCAGGCUGAAGGAAAAGAACAUAUUAUUCACUUGGAAAGGAACAAAGACCUUUUGCCUAAAGAUUUUGUAGUUUAUACCUAUAACAAGGAAGGAGCUCUGAUCUCUGACCGUCCCAGUAUACAGAAUCACUGUCAUUAUCGGGGUUAUGUGGAGGGAGUUUAUAAUUCAUCCGUUGCUCUUAGCAACUGUUUUGGACUCAGAGGAUUGUUGCAUUUAGAGAAUGUGAGUUACGGGAUUGAACCCCUGCAAAACAGCUCUCAUUUUGAGCACAUCUUUUAUCGAAUGGAUGAUGUCCACAAAGAGCCUCUGAAAUGUGGAGUUUCCAACGAGGACAUAGAGAAAGAAACCACAAAGGAUGAAGAGGAGGAGCCUCCCAGAAUGGCUCAGCUACUUCGAAGAAGAAGAGCUAUCCUGCCACAGACCCGAUAUGUGGAGCUGUUCAUUGUUGUUGACAAGGAAAGGUAUGACAUGAUGGGAAGAAAUCAGACUGCUGUGAGAGAAGAGAUGAUUCGUUUAGCAAACUACUUGGAUAGUAUGUAUAUUAUGUUAAAUAUUCGAAUUGUGCUAGUUGGACUGGAGAUUUGGACAAAUGGAAACUUGAUCAGCAUAAUUGGAGGUGCUGGUGAUGUGUUGGGGAACUUUGUGCAGUGGCGGGAAAAGUUUCUUAUAACACGUCGUAGGCAUGACAGUGCACAGCUAGUUCUAAAGAAAGGUUUUGGUGGGACGGCAGGAAUGGCGUUCGUGGGAACGGUGUGUUCGAGGAGCCACGCAGGUGGGAUUAACGUGUUUGGGCAAAUCACUGUGGAGACAUUUGCGUCCAUCGUUGCUCAUGAAUUGGGUCAUAAUCUUGGCAUGAAUCAUGAUGAUGGGAGAGAUUGUUUAUGUGAAGCAAAGAGCUGCAUCAUGAACUCAGGAGCAUCAGGUUCCAGAAACUUUAGCAGUUGCAGUGCAGAGGACUUUGAGAAGUUAACUUUAAAUAAAGGAGGAAACUGCCUUCUUAAUAUUCCAAAACCUGAUGAAGCCUAUAGUGCUCCCUUUUGUGGUAAUAAAUUGGUGGAUCCUGGGGAAGAGUGUGACUGUGGUACUCCAAAGGAAUGUGAAUCGGACCCUUGUUGUGAAGGAAGUACUUGUAAGCUGAAAUCAUUUGCUGAAUGUGCAUAUGGCGACUGUUGUAAAGACUGUUGGUUCCUUCCAGGAGGUACUUUAUGCCGAGAAAAAACCAAUGAAUGUGAUGUUCCAGAAUACUGCAAUGGUUCUUCUCAGUUCUGCCAGCCAGAUGUUUUCAUUCAGAAUGGAUAUCCUUGCCAGAAUAACAAAGCCUACUGUUAUAAUGGCAUGUGCCAGUAUUAUGAUGCUCAGUGUCAAGUCAUCUUUGGUUCAAAAGCCAAGGCUGCCCCAAGAGAUUGUUUCAUUGAAGUGAAUUCUAAAGGUGACAGAUUUGGCAAUUGUGGUUUCUCCAGCAAUGAAUAUAAGAAGUGUGCCACUGGGAAUGCUUUGUGUGGAAAGCUUCAGUGUGAGAAUGUGGAAGACAUGCCUGUAUUUGGAAUUGUUCCUUCUAUUAUUCAAACACCUAGUCGAGGCACCAAAUGUUGGGGUGUGGAUUUCCAGUUAGGAUCAGAUGUUCCAGAUCCUGGGAUGGUGAAUGAAGGCACAAAAUGUGAUGCUGGAAAGAUCUGUAGAAAUUUCCAAUGUGUAAAUGCUUCUGUUCUGAAUUAUGAUUGUGAUGUUCAGAAAAUGUGUCAUGGACAUGGGGUAUGUAAUAGUAAUAAGAAUUGUCACUGUGAAAAUGGCUGGGCUCCCCCAGAUUGUGUGACGGAAGGAUACGGAGGAAGUGUGGACAGUGGACCCACGUACAACGAGAAGAAUACUGCAUUGAGGAAUGGACUUCUGGUGUUCUUCUUCAUAGUCGUUCCCCUUAUUGUACUGGGUAUCUUUGUCUUCAUCAAGAGAGAUCAACUGUGGAAAAGCCACUUCAAAAGGAAGCGAUCACAAACAUAUGAAUCAGAUGGCAAAAACCAAGCAAAUGUGUCUAGACAGCCAGUGAGUGUUCCUCGACAUGUUUCUCCAGUGACUCCUGCUAGACAAGUUCCUAUAUAUGCAAACAGAUUUCCAGUACCAACCUAUGCAGCCAAGCAGCCUCAGCAGUUCCCAUCAAGGCCACCUCCACCACAACCGAAAGUAUCAUCUCAGGGAAACUUAAUUCCUGCUCGUCCUGCUCCUGCACCUCCUUUAUAUAGUUCCCUCACUUGACUUUUUACCCUUCUUUUGUAAAUGUCUUCAGGGAACUGAGCUAAUACUUUUUUUUCUGAUGUUUUCUUGAAAAGCCUUUCUUCCUGUUGUAACUAUCAAUGAAAACAAGAUACAAAACAAACUUUACUAACACAGAAAAACAGAAACUGAGUGUGGGUGUUGAGAAAUACAAGGAAAUAGGGUAAAGCUCGGGAAUUUAGAGUAAUGUUUCGAUUUCCAUUACUGAAGAAGUCUUAUUUGGUCAUCUGUGAGCUUAAUGUAUUUAACAUGGAUUAUGUUAUUUUGAACAUGUUAUUGCAAUGAUUCUCAGCUGUGUUGGUGUAAGAUUUGUCAUUAUGUGCUUAAAUGUUAUUCUGAAUUUUUGGUCUUAGUUAUCAUUAACGUAGUUUCUCAUUGAACAUGUGAUAAUCUAACACCUAUGAAAACUCAAUAAUUAGCUGCCAAUAAUAUCUAAUAUUUUUCAUCUUGCACGGGUUAAUAAUUAUCAUACACUAGAAUCUUGUCUCUCAUUCACUAUAUGAAUAAACAAAUAUUCUGUCUUCAAAAGAAUGCACAAGAACAACAAUUAAGACAUCCUAAUAUUAUUUUGAAAGUACAAAAUAUACUAAAAGAGUGUGUGUAUUCACACACAGUUAAUAGCUUCCAUUUUUAUGAUCUUUCAACUAUAGAUAAUGACUAUUAGAAAAAUUAAUUUAAUAAUAGAAUUUCUAUUAUGAAUCCUGUUAAAGCCUGUCAUCCUUUUAUAAUAGCAUUAUUUUAAAUAAAUUAUAAGCUUUAAGAUCUGAGGUGUUUAAUAGAUCUAAUCAGAUACGCUGUUGAUUUAUGGCUAUAAUAAAGCCGGAACAAUUAUAAUAAUAUUUUCAAUCAAUUGAGCUGUUACAAAACCACUUGAGAAUUUCAUAAGCACUUUAAGUCUAAAAUAUGAAUUUUCAAAGCUUGCAAUUAAAUAAUUUAAAAUGUUUACAUUUACUAAGAUGUGCUGGAUCAUGUCUCUGUUGACACUAAUGUUUUCAUAGAAAUUAGGCUGGAGAAUAGAAGAAAGUAUGAGAUUUCCUAGAUAAGUAUGAAAAAGUUAGUAUGAAGUAUGAAAAGUCUCUGAGUUAUUGUCUCAGCUGUUAAAAAAUGAAUUUUUAUUAUGAAGAAAUGGUAUGGACAGUAAAAUUUUAAACAAAAGUUUUUCAUAACCUUUCAUAAUAAAGUUUAAUGAUAGGUUUAUUAACUGAAUUUCAUUAGUUUUUUAAAAAAUCUUUUUGGUUUGUUUAUAUAUACAUAUAUAAAUAUACCAUUUACAAUAAAUAAAUUGAAAUACUUGAAAUUCUCUAUUGUGUCUCCCAGUAACUUCCUAAAUACCCAAGUAUUUAUAAUCUUAUGAUCUUAUUAUUAAAAAUUUAUAUUUUUUA